CCGGGCGCGGCGGCGGCGGCGGCUUCGGCGGCGGGAGCAGCAUGGAUUGGGGCACCGAGUUGUGGGAUCAGUUUGAGGUGCUGGAGCGCCACACGCAGUGGGGGCUGGACCUGUUGGACAGAUACGUGAAGUUCGUGAAAGAACGCACAGAGGUGGAGCAAGCUUAUGCUAAGCAGCUGCGGAACCUCGUGAAGAAGUAUCUGCCCAAGAGACCUGCCAAAGAUGACCCUGAAUCCAAGUUUAGCCAGCAGCAGUCCUUCGUACAGAUUCUCCAGGAGGUGAACGACUUCGCAGGCCAGCGGGAACUGGUGGCUGAGAACCUCAGCGUGCGUGUGUGUCUUGAGCUGGUCAAGUACUCGCAGGAGAUGAAGCAGGAGAGGAAGAUGCACUUCCAGGAAGGACGGCGGGCUCAGCAGCAGCUGGAAAGUGGCUUCAAACAGCUUGAAAAUAGUAAACGUAAGUUUGAGCGAGAUUGCCGGGAGGCAGAGAAGGCAGCCCAGACCGCUGAGCGCCUAGACCAGGAUAUCAAUGCCACCAAGGCUGAUGUGGAGAAGGCCAAACAGCAAGCCCACCUCCGGAGUCAUAUGGCAGAAGAAAGCAAGAAUGAAUAUGCGGCCCAGUUACAGCGCUUUAACCGAGACCAGGCCCACUUCUAUUUUUCACAGAUGCCCCAGAUAUUUGAUAAGCUGCAGGACAUGGAUGAGCGCAGAGCCACCCGCCUAGGGGCUGGGUAUGGGCUGCUAUCGGAGGCGGAACUGCAGGUGGUACCCAUCAUCGCCAAGUGCUUGGAGGGCAUGAAGGUGGCUGCCGACGCCGUGGAUGCCAAGAAUGACUCCCAGGUCCUCAUAGAGCUGCAUAAGUCAGGUUUCUCCCGCCCUGGCGACGUGGAAUUCGAAGACUUCAGCCAGCCCAUGAACCGGGCACCCUCCGACAGCAGCCUGGGCACCCCCUCAGAUGGACGGCCUGAGCUCCGGGGCCCUGGCCGCAGUCGUGCCAAGCGCUGGCCCUUCGGCAAAAAGAACAAGCCACGCCCCCCACCCCUCUCCCCCCUGGGGGGCCCCCUGCCCUCGGCCUUGCCUAACGGACCCCCGUCCCCUCGGUCCGGCCGCGACCCCUUGGCCAUACUGAGUGAGAUCAGUAAGUCGGUCAAACCGCGGCUAGCAUCCUUCCGCAGCCUUCGAGGUGGCCGUGGGACUGUGGCGUCGGAGGAUUUUAGCCACCUGCCCCCAGAGCAGCAGAGAAAGCGGCUCCAGCAGCAGUUGGAAGAACGCAACCGGGAGCUGCAGAAGGAGGUGGAUCAGAGGGAGGCUCUGAAGAAAAUGAAGGAUGUGUAUGAGAAGACACCCCAAAUGGGUGACCCUGCCAGCUUGGAGCCCCGGAUCACAGAAACCCUGAGCAACAUUGAGCGGCUGAAAUUGGAAGUGCAAAAGUACGAGGCUUGGCUGGCAGAAGCCGAGAGCCGGGUCCUAAGCAAUCGAGGGGACAGCCUGGGCCGGCACACCCGGCCUCCCGACCCCCCAUCCAGUGCCCCCCCAGACAGCAGCAGCAAUGGGUCACAGGACAACAAGGAGAGCUCUGAAGAGCCCCCCUCAGAAGAGGGCCAGGACACCCCCAUCUAUACAGAGUUCGAUGAGGAUUUUGAGGAGCCCACGUCUCCUAUAGGCCAGUGUGUGGCCAUUUACCACUUUGAAGGGUCCAGCGAGGGCACCAUUUCCAUGACCGAGGGCGAGGACCUUAGUCUGAUGGAAGAGGACAAAGGCGACGGCUGGACACGGGUCAGGCGGAAACAGGGAGGUGAGGGCUAUGUGCCCACCUCCUACCUCCGAGUCUCGCUCAACUGAACUUGCCAGAGGCGGGAAGAGGGGGCCUGUCGGCUGCUGCUUCUGGGCCACGGGGAGCCCUAGGACCUAUGCACUUUAUUUCUGCCCCCGUGGCUUUGGCUGAGACCUGUGUAACCUGCUGCCCCCCAUCCCACCUGUCAUCCCAACAGACCCGCUGUGCCUUCCAGCGUCGAUGUACAUACUCAUGUUCAAGUCUUCCCGCCACUCGGCUUGGGCCAUUUCGUUUUAUAUAAAAAAAAAUUAUGUAAA